AUGGCUCUUGUACAGAUUCCAACACAUACUAGUGGAGUUUUUGGUGGUUCUGCUGGCAUAAGCGAAAAGAUUCGCCACCGAAACAUGGCGAUCCCAGUCGUUCCCAACACCAUUACAGACGAAGACCUUGGAUUGUGCCAGGUCUCCAAGCUGCAGCCAGUCAAUUUGAAGAAAGUGAUCAAGCUGUUGGAAGAUCACCAUUCUAAAACACUGUAUGAUAGACAUAUCCACGCCUUGAAAAAAGUGGCUCAGCAUUUCAAUUAUGGCUUUCCAAUGAAGGACCUUGUGCAGAUCUUCAAAAUCUUGAAUAUCUGUGCAGACCGUUUUGAGUUUAAUUCAGUUUACGAGCAGCCGAUUUUGGAUCUGUUGAAGAUAUGUGGUCGUUCAUUUCUGAUGGAAAAGGCAUCAGAUGAAUUGGUUUAUAAGCAGCUUGUUGUGGAGUCAGUCUCUCAGCUUGGUUAUUUAAUGAGGAUUCCGAGUUCUGAUGUGAGGAUUCAGAUCUGUAACACACUGAUUGCUUUCACUACAGAGGACCAUCCGCAAGAACUGCCAGGCAAACCUGCCAGUUUGGAAUUCAAUAAUAACAUGGUAGAGCUGAGUGACAUCUCAGAAACUUUAAUGAAGUCCUUAACUUUAUUAGAAAAUGAUCUGCCAGCUAAACUGAAAGUACUUGAAGUCCUUCAGUUGCUCUCCAAAAAUUCUGCUAAAAACUGUGACCAGAUGCUAUCAGCUGAUGGUGGAAGUCGGGUUUGCUCUGGUUUGGUGGAUCCAGACUCCAGUGGCCAGUUGCUGUUUCGGUCCAGUGACAUUCUAUGGAAUUUAAUGGAGCAUGGUGACCCGGCGCUUCUCUGCAAGCAGCUGAACAGCAUCUCUUGUAUCAGCAAACUGCGGGAUGCUUUUGUCUACCAGCUGACCCAGGGCUACAGUCACUAUGACCGGCAGUUGAGAAAUGAUCUGCUUGUUCUGGCCACACUUGUGGCUUUCCACUGCCCAGAUGCUCCGUUUGUAGAAACUGGUUUUGCCAAGCAGCUGACUGUGUUUGCCACAUUCCAAGAAGUGAAAUCACACAAUGCAUUAGUUCGCCACUUAAAACUGUUGACCAACCGAGAGGACUUUGAAUUCAAGAAACUUCUUUUUAACAUUUUGGUUGUCCUUAGCAAUAACAGCACAGCAAUUUCUGUUUUUUCAGAGGGCCACUUGCUGCUAGCCCUGUUCUCGUACGUAAGAGCUAAUGAGAAGAAGAGUACACCAAGGGAGUGGAGCCUGGCCCAGUUUGAGGAGCUUCAGCUCCAAGCCAUGUCAUCUCUAUGUACAUUAUGUCCCCUGAUGCUUGAAGACUACAUGACCUGCCAGGGGUCGACACGUCUGCUGCUGUUACUGGAAUGGUGUGUGGGAUCAGAGGAUUACAGUGGUCAAGGCAAUAGUUUCCAUGGUAAAGGUGGUAGAGGAAGUAAGAGAGCUCAGAUGCACUACUGCCUACGAUUAUUGAGAAGUCUGAUGUCCACGGGGGAUGAACAGGUUCUUCAGGAUCUUGCUGAUCAAGGAGCAAUAAACCAACUCAUUGGGGUCUUGAAUACCUCCUUCACUCAAGAGUUACAUACAGGUGAUGAUGUGGAUAUCGAGAUGCAGACAGACAUAUUGUAUAUUCUAUCUAAUCUGUGCGAUGAAGAUUUACAUCGAAAGGAAUUGUUCAGCGUCUCUGGUGUUGACAUGGUGGUUCGGUAUCUACGUAUAGACACUCGACUGCUGAAGAGUGGUCUGGGCCACCACAAGUUAUUAUUGGCAGCUGUUGACUGUACUUGGUGUUGCAUUGUUGGUUGCUUCAUCACAGAGGAUUACUUCCUAGAGAAAGAAGGUGUUUUCUUGCUGUUUGAUCAGCUAGAGGUGUGCCCUAAGAGCAUGCACAGUAGCAUUCUGGGAUGUCUGCUGGAUUUGUGUGAGAACCCAAAAACUGUGAACCACAUUCUAACCUGGCGUGGUAAAGAUGGUUGCACAGCUGCCCAUAUGUUGUGUGAGUUGUGGCGCCAGGAGGAAGUAGAGAUUGGGGCCAAGAGGAACAGUCAAGGAGUCAUUCUUGAUAUCAGCCAUCCCCUGAUGGGAAGUUAUCAGGCUGGGGUGGGGAUAGUUCCUCAGCCGGCGUCCUACAUAAGCCAGGCUAUUGCGGAUGUUGGAGAAAAUAACAGAGCCAAAAUUUACUCGCUGUUCUCUAAGAUAGGGUUCACUGACCUGCCUGGCCUUACGGUGACAGACCAUGUCUCACUGGCCAUCAUAGAAAAGUAUCUUGACUUCAAGCUGGGAGAGGUGUGGUCAGAGAUCAUUGAGGAACUCAAUGCAGAACAGGUAAAGCCCAUAAGUGCUGACCUUGAAGCUAUAGAAGCCAUAUCUAAGGCCAUGCUAGAGAGAGCCCAGAUUGUCAAGGCAACCCAGUUAGAAUUGCUGGAAUCAGAGAGUAACCAGGAGAUGCUCAAUGAGCAGGAGUUUUAUGCUGAGAUCAGAGAAAAUCACCGACAGAAAGAGAAGGCUAUGGCUGAUUUCACUGAUUAUGUAGCAAGAACUUCUAGUUUCGCUGUGCUCAAGGCAGCAAAAGAAAGACAAGAGUUAUCUAUUGACAUGUCUAGGAUACAUCCAAAGUAUAGAGAAAUGGAGCAGUUCCAUGCCACAGAUUUGCCGAACCUGACUUCAACUGUGUUCAGUGGAAAACAUAUCAUCAUCAUGGAAUAA